AUGAAGAAGCUGCAAAACGUAAUGACCGACGCUACUGACGCCACGGAGGACUGGAAAACCGCGGUGAAUGUGCUGGUGCAAGUGAGAUCGCACGGGCUGGGUGAUGGUCAGGCCGAUGAAUCCUUCGCGCAGCAGCGGAUUCAGCAGAUGGAGAGCGAACUGCAGCGGCUGCGCGCGAAUCUGGCGACCGCUACAGAGCUGGCGGGGGAAGUUUCUUCGCUGCGGGACGCGAAGCAGCAGCUGGAAGCGCGGGUUGAAGGCCUGGAGCGAGAGCGAAGCGAGCAUUCUGCGCAGAUUUCGCGUGCGGUUUCCACGUUCGAUCUAAUCGAGACGGAGCUGCGCGGGCGAAUCAGCGAGAUCGAGACCUUGAAGGCAACGCUGGACCAUGACCAAACGCUCAUCGCGAAAUUGGAGGUCGGAUUGAGUGGAAGAGAUGACGUGCAGACGGUCAUCGACGAUGUCUGCGUGUAUUUGUCGCAGUAUCAGCAGCUGCAUCGUCGGUUGCUCGGCGAGUGCAAUCGGUUUUUGCAGCUGCAGCGAUCCGGAAGCGGCGGAACGACUUCGAAAGAAUGGAUCGAGCUGGUGACGUGCGUGUAUUCGCUGUCCAAGCUGCUGCAGGAGAAGGAGUUCGCGAUGGUGGUGCAGGACUUCGACGAUUGCGAAAUGCAGGAAAUGAAGGAGCGGGAAGUUUUGGCGAUGGAGUUGUGCCGAAUGAGCGAAGAGCGAGGCGAGGAAAGCGCGACGACCCCCGCGAAACUCGAUUCUCUGGAGUGUCGAAGCGAGGACGUAUCGGUGGAGACGCUGCAGAAGGAUAUCACGACGACGCUCUCCGCGCGAAAGCGCACGGUCUUGUCGAUUCACUCGCUGGAAUUGCGGCUGAACCAAAUCAUUCGAGCGUUGAUAGCGAGAAAAAGCGAAAAAGAAGCGGCGGAUAAGGAGUUCUGGAAGAUGUGGGACGAGGUGAUUUUAUUCGCUGGAAGCAUUGUGGAGUUGAAGAGGCAGAGUAAGUCGGAUAAGGAGAAUGGAGAUGUUUCGAGCCAAGUGGUGAGGAAUGAGAGGAGAUUGUGA